AUGGGACGCUACUCGGGCAGGAGCAGCAGGCUCAUCCUCAUGUGCGUGGUGAGCCUGGUGCUCUUUGCUGUUGAGAUCUCAGUCGCCUAUGUUGGCAAUUCUCUUUCCUUAGCUUCAGAUGCCUUUGCUGUUCUCUCUCACUUGAUCUCCAUGAUCAUCGGUUUGUUCGGUGUUAGGUUCAGCCGCAUCAGAUGGCACAAGGCUAACACUUUCGGCUUCAGCCGGGCAGAUGUGCUGGGAGCUUUUGGCAACUCUGUUUUUGCCACCGCUCUGAUGUUUAGCAUCUUUGUUGAGACAGUCAAGAGGUUUAUCAAUCCUCAGAAGACUGAGAAAGCACUGCUUGUCCUCGUUGUCGGGAUUACAGGUCUGCUCUUCAAUGUGUUCAACUAUGUUAUCUUCAUGGACUGCUGUUACUGUCGUGCACCCCAAGGAGACGCCGAAACAGGUGAUUCACCAAAUGACCAAAAAAGCCCUGAAGAGGGGCCUGAGAAGAAAAAAGAGAGGAAGUCCGAAGCCUUGAACAUCAGAGGUGUUCUUUUGCAUGUUAUGGGAGACGCGCUUGGAUCUGUGGUCGUGGUAGUUGCUGCUACAAUAUUCCAUGUACUUCCUCUGGGGAAUGCUCCGUGUAAUUGGCAGUGCUACAUCGAUCCGAGCCUGACAAUAAUUAUGGUGUUCAUCAUCUUGUCUUCUGCAUUCCCGCUUAUCAAGGAGACCUCAAUUAUUUUGUUGCAGAUGGUUCCCAAAGGUGUUAAUAUGCAACUACUGAGUAAACUAGCUCGUGUACCGGGGGUUAGCAGCCUUCAUGAGGUGCAUGUCUGGGAGCUUGCAGGUGGGAAGAAUAUUGCUACUCUUCAUAUCAAGUGCCAAACCCCUACUGAUUACCAAGAUGCUGCUUAUAAAAUACGGAAGGUUUUCCAUGAAGCAGGGAUCCAUUCUGUGACCAUCCAGCCCGAGUACAUUGACCACAAGACCUCCCAGCUACUGUGCAGCUCGCCCUGCAUCUCAAAAGCUUGUGACUCUCAUCUGUGCUGCAGUCAGCAGGAGCCCCCCCUGGCUAAAACUAAUGGCUAUACCGAGAACGAUAAUUGCCUUUCUGUGUUGCACAAAGACAGUGGUUCAAGUAAAAAUGAUACUGAAAUCCCUAUUGAGUACCCACUGGCAGAGGAUAGCAGUAAAAACAUGAAAAAUUGUGGCACGUCUGAUGACAAAUCACAGUUGAGCAGUACACGACUUUAAGCAAUUCCCUCUACUCUGCGUAAUGUUUUUGUAGAACAAACGUAUCCUGGCUGGGAAGGGUGUCAUUGGUGGUUGUAGCUGAAGUUGGUGUGGCAAAAAGAUUUUUGUGCUUUAGCUGUAAACCAAAACACACCUAAAAAAAAACCCCCUUGUAUCUGAAAUAAGGAUUAAUAUUUCCAUGAAGGGUGUUGAAUUCAUCUAAGAUUUUUCUGAUACAGACUAAACCCAGUUCCUUACCAACCGACGUGUGAAUUUCUAUUGAUAGAGGGGAUGGGGUGUAUUGCCGUCUGCACUGAUGCUUGCAGUUGAUGGCCAGUGGCACUGGGAAUGAAACUCUGGCCUUUUCUGCUGCAGCGAGCUGUUCCUUGAAAGCCCUGUGGCCAGUUCAUGAUUGUACUGGGCUGUGGUACUGUAUAUUUAUAAAGGACUUCAGUAGAGAUGCUUUACUGAUCCUUAAAACCCUGUUUUUGCAUAGGCAGUUCAUGUUUAACAGUAACGCUUGUACUUCUGGCCAGUGGGGUUUGUGAAUGAAAUUAAGAGGGUGUAAGGGGGAGGGAAAGCACUCAGGAAUUUUGACUUUCAUUGUCUUCUUGAUCAGCUCCUGUGUUUAGGGACAGAGCAGAAGCUGGUCUUGCUUCUCUACUAGUAAUACUGGAGUCUUAGCCUAAUCACAGAUGAGUAUGCUAAAGAAUAGACUUCUUGUCAUGAAAGCAAAGAAAUACUUAUUAAUGUCUGUACUGAUUCUAGCAAAUUAAAAUGCAGGCAGUCAUCCAGUUAACUUUUAUCUUGUUCACUGUUGUGAUUGUACAACUCAGUCUUCUGGUUUUUUUUUUUUUCUUCCCUUUCCUGACAACAGAAAUUAUAAUAGCCACGGUCUUAAUUCAUCAUUGUGCAGGGUGAUUGCAGUAUCUUUAACACGAGUGUCUGUCUUUAUUCAUGCUGAAUAAAUAAGCUAAUGUGUUUAUUAUGAACAGUUAAAAUUCUGCAGUUCUAUUAAGACACAAUUUAAUAUUGUAUUAAGAGAGUACCUUUGAAGUUUUAUAUGCAGUGUUACCGCUUAGAGGAAGCUUUAAAAAAAAAAUUACAGGGAAAUUUUCCUUGUUUAGUCUUGAUUAUUUCUUGCUGAUUUAUUUUAAAGGUCUAAGCCCUCCCCUCCGCCCCACACCUCCUCCCCAAGCCCAACAGUGUACCUCAAAGCAUCUUUAGUGAAGCAGUUCCUUUUAUCUCCUUGCUGCUUGCUCUUUUUGAAGGCACGCAAUGGGGUCUCUAAGGAAAACAAGGUGAUGUCCCCUGCCACCAGUGCUGGAUUUAGGUCAGGUCUGUUCUCCAGGUUUUUGGGGGAGGAAACCCACUAUCUAAUCCACACUGAGUGUAGUGCUUAGCCUCACCGGCAGUACAGACCAGCUCCAGAAGCUUUCAAAUACAUUUUGCUGUUGAAAGCAGCCUCUCAGUGGUCUGUGGGGCCUGGGCAGGCUAUUCUAUUCAUUUUUUUAUGGGGACAUCUUUAUAAAAUAGUGGUGCCUUUACCUCAGUGACACCUUAACAAAGGGGAAAAUUGAUUUUCUGCCUGGGCUGGGAAAAUACCAGGACCUCCUUGUAAGGCUGGUUAGAAAGCAGCCAACUCCUUAUUAAUAAGGACGAUUACAUUAACUCAAUGAAUAUGAAAACACACAGCAAGCUAUUUUGCUGCUUGGAAAAUGCUAGUUACUGAAGCAGUGAUUGCAGUCUAAAUAGUACAUUUCUAGAUUUGUAGUUACCCCUUUCGAACAGAUACUUGGGUGAAUUAAUAUAUUUUACAGCCUUCCAUUGUAGGUUUGUAUUCUUUAAAUUAAACUCUGUGUUAGUAUAAUCAAAAGCUUGAUCCUCCAGUCUGUUUGAUUCUGUUGGCAGCUGCAGAAGUGAAAGAAGCAGGGUCUUGCUUGGCAGUUAUUGCAUGAAUUAGUGUAAAUCAGGAAACAUUUAAAGAAUUGCCGUCUUUUAUAAGUGUGUGGCAUAAAGUAAGACAGCCCAUUCUUCUGUUCUUUUUGUCCUUAUUUUUAUUUCUGAUGAUGCUUAAAUGUCAGGGUUGAGAUGUAAAUAACAAAUGUAUUUAUAGGUUUUUUGAGGACUGGAAUAGAAAGGUCCCAAAAUAACAACAAAGUCUAUGGGAGAACUUGCUUCCUAGAUAGCCUCUAAAACAAGCACCCUUUCAUUAUUAUGCAUCUGUGUCUUAAAUCAGGUAAUCUUUUCAUAUAUACAUUUUAUUAAAUGGUUGAAAGAUGGAAUGGCAGUAUUGCUUACUCUGGAGUUGGAGAAAACUAGUAUGUGUAACACUGAUGCAUUUGACAAAAUGGGCCAUCUUUUUCUUUAUCCUGCCAGUGUUUGUUAAAACUGUGAUUACCUAUUUUUCAAGUUUUUGAAAGUGUUGUAACCUGAAAAUACAAUGAAGUAACAUUCUUAAACAGUUUUCUUGUCUGGUUGAAUGUACUGUAAUUGUUGCCUGUGAAUAAAUAGGAAAAUAGCAGGGAUUAUAGAAGUCUUCAGGUCUAGAAAACAAGCAGAUUUAAAAGUCGCUUUAUUACUUAAGCACGCAAAACCAACAGAGCUAUAUUAUUUAUGAGGUCAGCCUUUUUUUUUUUUUCCUGUGUAGUGACUUUCAGGGUAUCCAUCUAAGGUUUCUGACCUGGUAUCCUUGUUUUCCUUUGAGUCCUGGAAGAAAAUACGUUUCUUCUCUGUCUUAAGUGUGUCACAGCUAGGCUCUACUGGGUGGCCCCUCUCUACUUCUGUAGAAGAUUUCAUUCCAAUCAGUGUGUAUUUUGUAUUGCUUAUUUCCCUCCAGUUCUUGGCAUAUCUCUUCUAAUUCUCUUGAAGUAAGCUUACCUCAUUUUGAAAUACAGUAUAUUUCAGUAUUUGCCCUUAUCUAUGGGCGCUUGUUCUAAAUUCAGUUUUGUAGUGUAUUGCACU